AUGGCGCUGCGUUGGUUCUUCCGUGUCAUGGUAUGUCUGGUCGCGAGCAGAGGUGCUUCUACAACAUGUUUGCCAGAAGCAAUUCCAGCGGCUGAGCGAUCACACAUCAAAGCCCUCGACGGCACGGACAUCCCCAUUGGAUUCUUCCAAGGCGCAUGGGAGUCUUCCUACUUGACAUCGGACAUUGCUCGAAUCCUGGUUGAGGAAGUGUUGGGCUACCAGACAUGGCUACACCCGGAGGAUGGACGCAGUGCAGUCACCACGCCUUAUGCCCUCGCCGGGUGUUUGGAUUUCAACAAUGCUACAAAUCAACAGUGUGGCAUCAACGAGACGCGGCUGCAUGUCUGCGUAGACUGUUGGGCCGCCUCCUAUGCUGCCGUAGUGGAAGAUAUGAAGGAGACGUACUCGCACUUGGUGCCCGUCGAUCUGGGCAGCAUGGGAUACGACGGCGAAGAGUCGAUGUACGUCGCCAAGGGUGUUCUCCAGCAGGCACUUGACGCCGAGGGCUUGACCUUGGACUUCUACCGAGGCUACAAUCUGACGCACCACAACCCCAAACAGUACUUCGAUGACAUCAAUGCCAUAAACUUGCAAGACCUGUUCCUUUGCGAGGAAACCGACUUCUACAAGCCGGAGUCUAUGGCAGCCUAUGCCAGAUGGACGGGUGAUGCUGCAGGACUUCGGGUGCUGGCGAAUGGCAACUAUGCCGCCAAGUGUCAUGCAGACAAGUGGUGGAUAUCUCCCCAGUGCCGGAGUGACACAUCGACCUGUAUCCCUGUGAUUACUGCAGGUGUCGGGUGGAAGCUCCAGGCCAUGAUGUUCUGGUCGACGACCUAUGGCCUGCCGACUGCAAUCGCCGUGGCCAACUCCUGGGGCAACUAUGUCUCGAUUGUUUCCACUAUGCGCAUCCUCUACUACUGGUGGGUGCCGGACGCAACCUUCAUCACGCAGCAGCCACAGUUCAUCACGUUCCCGCCCUAUUCCGCUUCGGAGUGGGCCCAGGGCAACAUGAGGACGGCUGCAAGUGGAACCUACAUCAGUAAAGCAGUCAGCAGCAACUUCGCAAACCAGGCGCCAAGGGUCAGCAGCUUCAUUUCCAAGGUGAACUUCGAACUCGGAGAGCUCAUGGAUCUUCUGCUCACGAUCGCUUCCGGGACCUUGCGCUAUGAUGUUGCAUGCCGGUGGGUCCGAGACAACAAACCGCGGUGGCAAGAGUGGCUUCCGAUCGAAACCAAUUGCAUCACCGGCUUUGGUUUAGCUGAUGCCGCAGGCAGCUUCGUGAUGGACAGGGCAAAUGCAACAAGCUGCGAAGUGUGCACCCCCGGAAAAUUCUCGCAGGAGUACCUGGACAACACAGCCGCCACCCGCCGCUGCGUCCCGUGUGCGCCGGGGACUUCUCAGGAAAAGAGCGCAGCGACCAGCUGCACACCAUGCCAACCUGGGAGUUACACAGACUCUCAUGGCAGGGAGACCUGUAACGUGUGCGAUCAGGGAUCGUACCAAGUCUUGGAGGGCCAGACCGGUUGCACCACCUGCGACGAGGCCCGCACGACCCUGCUACUUGCUGCGAGCAGAAGGGAAGACUGCGUGUGUAGACAAGGCUUGAUCGAAGCGUCGCUGGGGGUUUGUGUGAGCUGCAGCGAGGGCUUGUCCUGCCCUAAGGGAAGCACCGUGGAGCGACUCAGAAACAGCAGCAGCGAAGAACGGCCCGAAGUGCUGCCCAUGUACUUCAGCAGCAUGGAAGCACCCUUGGAGAUCUACCGCUGCCAGUCGCAUUGCCCUGGGGGAGCACCAGGCAGUUGUGACGGAGGCCGCGUGGGCUACACCUGCAGCGAGUGCCCCGAGAAUUUCUACAGCACGGGCAACCAGUGUGCCAAGUGUGGCGUAGCACUGCCUGCGCUUUGGAUUCUCGGCCUUGGUAUCGUGGUUUGUGGCAUAUUCAGCUCUUACUACCUACUCACAUCAAGCUACACGGCCAAAGCCAGUGUGCUGACUUGCACCACCUGCAGCUUUGGCAUGAUGGUCUCCCUGUUUCAGAACUUGGGUGUGAUACAGACCGUAUCAGUGCCCUGGCCGAACGGACUCAAGGACUUUCUCGGCUUCUUCCAGAUCUUCCUCCUGGACUUGGACAGCCUCGGCUUCAGCUGCGUUGCUGGUGGCCCCGUGCAUCGAUUCGCUGGCAACUGUGCCUUCUUCUUCGUUGUGCUCUCAGGUCUUGUUGCGACAGCAUUCCUCACCAACCUGCUCCUUCCCCGCCGCCUUUCUUGGCUGGCCUGGCAGAAGUACAAGACGAUGAGCACGAUCGGCCAGUUCUGCCAGGUGAGCUUCACCACGAUGACGAACAUAGGCUUGGUUCCCUUCAUGUGUUACCGCCACCCCGCAGGCAGCGAGAGCGUGCUGAAGUAUAGCGACGUCUUCUGCAACUCGGCCGAGCACACGCUGAUGCAGCUGCUGGGUACAGCCGUCUUGGCCUUGAGUGGCGCCUUCCUCAGCUCCUGCUUCUUCUUUGCCUGGAAAGCUCCCUCCUGGUCUGGCAAAGCAAUCCAAGGAGGUGUCCGCUUCCUCAUCUUCCGCUUUAGACCCAAUGUCUGGUGGUUUGGCCUGGUCCUUCUCACGCGGGGACCGCUCCUUUCCAUGCCUGCUGUCGCGGCGCCAAACAUGCCGGCCGUGCAGUUUGUGUUCCUGCUGGGCAUCCUGCUACUGUCCCUGCAGCUGCAGAUUUGGUACUUGCCGUGGAAGGCUCCGAUCCUCAACCUGGUGGACGGUGUCACAAACCUGCUCCUCGUGAUGCUCUUGGCAAUUGGUUUGGGCCGCCUUGGCCCAGACCCUGAGGACGGGCCUGCAGUCCUGGACAGCCUGGCGGCCGCCAUCUCUGCGAUGAUGAUGAGCGUGCUCGGACUCAUGCUGUUGCUUGCAAUCGCUGCCCUCUUCUACAAGAAGGCUUUGGGCAGCAAUGAUGAGCUGUGGAUCAUGAACCUCGGCAAGCCAGUACCCUCCAAAGACUUCUGCGACAAUCUGACGAACUUCAUUCAAAGCCAGAAAGACAUGCAGGAGAAGGAAGUACGACAAGUUGUGGAAGCGCUCUGUGUCUAUGACUACCGUGACGUGAACGCCUCGAUCGUCCUCCUGAGCACGGAGCUAGGCUUCCGCAGCAAGCUCACAGAUGCGUUGGCCAUGCGCCGAAUUACCUCCUUUGCAUCUUUUUCUUCCGUGCCUGCAGGAAACAAGACGCAGGAAACGGAUGCCAAAGCCGAGAAUGUCAGCGAGGAAGACACCUGCCUUGAAAGCAAUCAAGAUGUGGCUGAGGCAGCGGUGCUAAAGAUGGAACUUCAUGCCGAGGAGACCCGUACUGAGUGGGCCUGA